AUGGGCGCCCGAAUCGUCUGGACGUCCACUACCCGGAGCCAACUCCAGGACGCGCCUAGCAAAGCAAACGACCCGAAGUGGUCCACCGAGCUCCGCGCCAUUGAUUCCAACAUUGUGGACAUGAUCCGGAUGGAGAACACCAUGUCCCGCUCUGUGGCUUUGGUUCCUGAGCCCAUCCAUCUGAAAAGUUUAAAGGCUUAA